ACAAAGGAUAUAUACCACUUUCUCUAUGGCUUAAUUGUUUCACGGUACUAAUUUCUUUGUUUGAGCUUUGUUUCAUUAAUACGUUAAUGAGGUUUUAGCUUUGCGUUUCUAUAUUAUCUAGAUGUAUGUAAAUAGUGUUCAGACAAGUUAUUAGUGCAUUAUUGCAUUGUUUCUGUUUUUUUCUUUCAAUCAUUAAACCUUUUCAUUUCUUUCUACAUCUAGAUGCCCUUGUAUGGCGAAAUCAGUACUGAUUAGCAUCAGCCACUUGUACUUUGAAAAACGAAUAAAUUUCACUAUUUUCAGUACAAUAUGUUUUUGACAAUGUAGAAUCAAGCACGUUACAAACAGCCCUGGGAAGGAGAUCGCCCAGGUUAGCGGUUGACCCUUGACCCUGGUGGCGCGGAAGGGAGUGGCAGUCGAACUGCGGUGCGAGACCAACAACAAGCCUUUUCUCCGGCGUUACGAGUGUUUUAUCGUCGCCAUAGAAACAAGCAGGUCAUAUUAUGAAAGCAUAAAUGAUGGACACUCAUGUGAUGAAUCACAUUGGAGAGAAGCCCAGUUCCUUUGGUCAAUGCGAGAACAUGUCUAGUCUACAGGGAGACUGGGAUAAGAACUUAAAGGCUCAUGAAGUCUCCAAGACUAAAGGUGGUGGGAAAAUCUUUACCUGUGGGGACUGUGGGUACAGGUCCAAUCGCAAGUACAACGUACACCAGCACAUCAAAACUCACACAGGUGAGAAACCAUUCACCUGCGGGGCAUGCGGCUACAAGGCAGCCCACAAAAGCCUACUAGCCAAACAUAUGAAAACUCACACUGGAGAGAAACCGCAUGUUUGCGGGGAGUGUGGGUACAGGGCUUACUACAGGAGCGGACUGGUUCUUCACAUGAAGACUCACACUGGGGAGAAACCGUUCGUGUGUGUGGAGUGUGACCACAGGACCAGCACUAAGGAUGCACUAGACAAGCAUACCUCUAGAGUUCACACCAGUUAUAACAUGCUGACAUGGAAAGUACAAGGUAAGGUCUGUAGAGCAGGCAUCAGAAUGGCAGCCAGCAGAGGCCCCAGUCAGAGCAAGAUGGCUGGCAACAGUGGGCCCAGUCAGGACAAGAUGGCUGCCAACAGUGGGCCCAGUCAGGACAAGAUGGCGGCCAACAGUGAGCCCAGUCAGGACAAGAUGGCCGCCAACAGUGGGCCCAGUCAGAACAAGAUGGCUGCCAACAGUGAGCCCAGUCAGAACAAAAUGGCAGCCAACAGUGAGCCUGGUCAGAACAAAAUGGCAGCCAACAGUGAGCCUGGUCAGGACAAGAUGGCUGCCAACAGUGAGCAAGGUCAGGACAAGGCAGCAGUUGCCAGCAUUAAGCCCAAAAGUAAGACAGCCCAACUCAAUUGUGCUCUCUGUAAAUUCACCACAACAGUCCAACAUGAGUUAACAUCCCACGUGUCCACACAUCUUAUCCUGAGCUACGCAAGCAAGCCCACCAGUUACGCAAGCACUCCCACUGGUGAAGACCCCUUCAUGUGUGGAAAAUGCGGGUUUAGAACGUCCACCAGCAGUGACCUAAGGAAACACAUGAAAACUCACACUAUAACACGUACCAGUACGAUUCACAAACAGUGUGGCAUACAAGAGACGAGUGAAUCGAGAACCAACUGCUUGGAAGAGCCUUUAAGGUGUAGCUAUAUACAGUGCGAAUUCAGGACAGAUUCAUGUAGCGAAAUGAAGAAACACACGAUAACUCACACAAAACCGUUAGUGUGUGGUGAGUGCGGGUACAGGGCAAGUCAGCAGGCUAGGUUAGACGUGCACAGGAAAAAGCACACUGGUGGCGACAAACGCUACGUGUGCAAACAGUGUGGGUACAGGGCAAGCUGUAAGAGCAGGAUGAUCAGGCACCUCAAUACUCGAACGCACAGAGCUGAGAAGUAUUUUGUGUGCGAACAGUGUGACUACACGGCAGUUAGCAAGUACACGUUAGAGAAACACAUUUCCAAAGCUCACACCAGCGAAAAAUCAUUGAUGUGGAAUGUAUGUAGUGAUACAGUAUCCAGAAAGAGCCAAACAGAUAGUCAGGACAAGAUGGCAGUCAAGAGUGGGCCGAGUCAGGAAAAGAUGGCAGCCAACAGUGGGCCCAGUCAGGACAAGAUGGCAGCUAACAGUGAGCCCAGUCAGGGCAAGAUGGCAGCCAACAGUGAGCCCAGUCAGGAAAAGAUGGCCACCAAAACUUCUUUGCACAAAUACACACUUCAAAAUGAUACAGAAACUCACACCAAUGCUGAAAAACCAUUUAUGUGUGGAAAAUGCAGUUACAGGACAUCACUUAAGAGUUCACUCAGGAAGCAUGUUAUGAUCCACACCAAACCGUUUAUAUGCGGAGAGUGUGGAUACAGGGAAAUUUCCAAGUCCAAGCUGGAGGCCCACAUGAGGAUUCACACUGGAGAGAAACCCUUCGCCUGCGGGGAAUGCGGCUACAAGACAGCCUUCAGGGGCAACCUGGAGAAGCAUGUGAAGACUCACAGAAGUGAGAAACCCUACAUAUGUGGGGAAUGUGGGUACAAGGCUAGCAUCAAAAGCACAAUGAGGAGGCAUAUGAGAAUUCACACUGGAGAGAAGCUACACGACUGUGAAGUGUGUGGCUACAGGGCAGUUGAUAAGAGUGAGUUGGAUCGACACUCGAGAACCCACACAGGGGAGAAACCAUUCAAGUGUGAAGAAUGUGACUACCGGGCAGCCCAGAAGAGUGCACUAACCAACCACCUGAGGACCCACACAGGAGAGAGACCCUAUGCUUGUGUUGAGUGUGGCUACAAGGCCGCUCAGAAAAGUUCCUUGAGAAACCACAUGGAGAUCCACAGGGGAGAUAUACUCUUCAUGUGCACGGAAUGCGGCUUUCGGGCGGCCAACAGAAACACAAUGGUCGCCCACAUGAAAACCCACACUGGAGAGAAACCCUGUGGCUCGUCAGGGGGAUCUGGGUACACUGCAUCUCUGCAAAGUUCUACGAAAAACGCCAUGGAGACUCACACAUAG